AUGACUGAUUACUUGACACUAGAGACAAGGUUACUGCAGGUCAUUGACCUGCUCAAAUUUCUGCUCUACAGGGGCAAGGUGGGAGAGGAAACCCAGACCAAAGAUGUUCGCAAAAUAUUUCAGAAGUGUGAGAAUUUAAACAAAAAAUUGAAUGAUGCUUUGGGUUUAGAAUACUCCACUGAAGCUUGUGCAGAUGUUCUGGGGUUAGCCAAAGAAGCCAGAAAGCGAAGUCUUGGUCCACUUCAUCCUUCUUUUAAUGUGAUUAAGAUAAUAAGAGAUGGACUAUUCAAAAACCUUCCAGAAAAUACUCACCAGUUGUCAGCAGGCAAGCUGUGUAUUUCCCUGACCAGAGUGUCAGAUGGCAAAAAUGUGUUAGUAUCUAAUUUUAACUCUAAAGAAGAAAUUGUUCAGGCUUUAAUUUGUAGCUCGUUUGUCCCUAUUUAUUGUGGCCUAAUUCCACCAUCAUUCAGAGGUGUGCGUUAUGUUGAUGGUGGAAUCAGUGACAACUUACCUCAGUAUGAAUCUAAGAAUACCAUCACGAUUUCUCCUUUCUCUGGGGAGUGCGAUAUUUGCCCAAAGGGGAACUCUGCAAACUUCCAUGAAAUGAAUGUUACUAAUACCAGCAUUCAGUUCAGCUUAGGGAACAUUUACCGUCUAACACAAGCACUCUUUCCACCAGAACCCAAGGUACUAGGAGAGAUCUGUGAACAAGGAUAUUCAGAUGCACUUAGAUUUUUGAAAGAAAAUGAUAUUCUUAACGAUUCGGUUUAUGUCGACUUGUCAUUAAAGAAAAACCCUCAGGAACUCAUAGAGGACACUGACUUUACAAACAAGAAAACUAUUCCACAGAGGAAGGGCACAGAGGAGAUGUUGAAGACAAAAAUGCUUAAUAACCAGCUAAAGCUAAACACAUGGCCAUUGGAUGAAAGAAUUUUUGAGCAUCUACCUCCUAGACUUCGUAAAGCAUUACAAGAAGCUUGUAAAGAGAAGAGCGGGUUCUAUGCCCAGCUCUCUAAACUCUUACCAAUGCGAGUGAUGUCUUAUCUGAUAUUGCCAUAUACCCUGCCAGUGGAGUCUGCCUAUUCUGUUGCUUUAAGGUGAGGUUCUAUUUAAGAAUAUUAUAGAACCCAUACUUCUGGCUCAUUAAGAUUUCUUUUAUUCUUUUUCAUUUAUUAUUUUUAUAGUCAUGACUAACAAGCUAACAGUGUAUUAAGUGUUCUGAAACGCACUGAAGACUCGACUUUGAGUUCUAGAACUGUUUCUAGCAUGUAUGUAAAUUGUAGCUUAUGUUCCCUUCCCCAUAUUCAGGGCUGGCUCCAGGCACCAGCGAAACACGUGCCUGAGGCGGCACAUGCUGAAGGGCGGCAUUCUGGCCAUUCUUGGGGCGGCUCAGUCUGAGCGGCUUUUUUUUGCUUCGGCAGUUUGGGCGGCUUUUUUU